AUGCGUUUCACUCUGGCCAUCUCGGCCCUCGCAGCUCUGCUGCCAGCCGUCCUCGUGCUACUGUCACAGCCCACCGAGGCUAGAAACAGACGUUGCGUUCCCCAUGGCUUCGACAGCAGAUGGUCCCGCACCAUCGCCAAGGGAAAGCUGGAAUGCUACCACCACUGGCAAGACGGCAUCGUUCACGAAUACCCAGGCGACAUCGAGUACGUGCCUACCAUGUGGGAUGAGAAGAAGUACGGUGCAAAGUGGGCAGCACGCAAGAAGGAGAUGCGAAAGAAGCUUCCCAGGCGUCUGUUGACAUUCAACGAGCCCGAUGUCAAGGGCCAAGCCAACAUGGACCCUUAUUACGCCGCAGACCUUUGGAUGAGAGAGAUUGUGCCCUGGCAAAAGAAGGGUGUCAAGGUCUCCACCCCUCAGAUCGUCUACGAUCUCGACUGGAUGGACACUUUCAUGAAGCAGCUCAAGAAGAAGGGCACCAAGGGUCCCGACUUCAUGGCCAUCCACUCGUACACUCCCAAGGGACAACGUGGUCUCAACCAACUCAAGUCUUACGUUAAGAAGUGCCGUAAGCGUUACGGUCUCAAGUGCGUAUUGCGACGCGUCGCAAAAUCUUGUUGAUGGUAAACACUGACGGUGGCUUUUGUCUUUCUGGCUCGCUCCAACAGGAUCUGGGUUACCGAAUACGGUGUCACCGCAUCCUCCAAGCCUUCCGCAGCCGAGAUCAAGUCGUACCUCGUCCAAGCCCAGAACUUCCUCGACUCUCAAUCUUACGUCAAGCGCUCCUUCUGGCUCGGUGGCUUCGCCAUCAACAAGCCGCCCGAUGGUUUCGUCACCAACAAGAACGCAUUCUUCUCUUCCUCUGGCGGUCUGCGCGACAUUGCCCACUGGUGGCUGUACGCCGGCAAUGGAGGCAAGUCUCGUCGUGAUGCUGCCGGUCUGCCUUCGUCUCCUCUCGAGCACCGCUCCGAGCACUCGCCCGCCAUGAGACGUAACCACGCCAAGCUUGCCGCUCGCAUGCAAGCUCGUGCGGAGAAUGUGACUGCCGAAGCCGACAUCGAUGCUUACCACGCCGACGUCGACGCCGAGGACCAAGACUUGGCUGACGCUUACGAUGGCGACGAGGUCGAGUGCGACGAGCACUGCCAGCGCCUCGAGGCUAUGCUCGCCAAGACCACCGACGACGACGACGUCAUGAAGGACGCUGAAGACAAGAUCGAUGGCGAGGAUGAGGAUGAGGACACCGACUAA